AUGGUGGAGAUCAUGGUGGGAGUCAGCAGCCUCCUAACAUUAUUUUCACUAAGAGCACUCGUGUUGUUGAAGUUGAACAUAUCGUUGAUCAUGCUGCACUACCACCUAAACUGUCAAAGAAGAGAAAGCCUAAUGAUAGUGGUCCUCGUAAAACACCACCUGCUUGGGACCAUUUCACCAAAUUACCCGAGUCUGAAGCUGCAUAUCCAACCGCCACUUGCAACUACUCUAGUAAGAGAAUUUCGUCAAGUUUCAUUCACUUCAGGAGGAGUUAGACCAUCUGUUACUACACUAGAUGCUGGUCAAUCUUCUCAAUCACAACCUACAGUUUAUGAUUGA